CUACAAUAAUUAUUUUAUGUUCCCGCCUUAGCUUCUUCAAUUCAAUUCGCCUCUAUAUAUAUCCACACCCACUGCCAUGCAGAAAGGCAUCCUCAUCAUCAAAUCAACAAUAUAAUAUAUAUAAUGGGAGUUCUCGCUCCAAGUUCCUUUCUCUUCAUAUUCAUCUUAUGUCUCCUUUCAGUCUGCAGGGUUUCGGUUUCUUCAUUGGAGGAACCCAAGAGCUUCAUCGUUUUCAUGAUGAAAUCUGAGAAGCCUCAGCUUUUCUCUACCCAUCAUGACUGGUAUUCAUCCAUCAUCCAUACCCUUUCUCCUCUCUCUAACCACUCAAGAUCAUCUGAGCUCUUGUACACCUAUGAACAUGUUGCGCAUGGUUUUUCUGCACGCCUCACUCCCUCCCAAGCGUCUGAACUAGCAAACGUUCCGGGAGUGAUCUCUGUCCUUCCGGAUCGCCUCGUCGAGCUCCAGACCACUAGGUCUCCUCAAUUCUUAGGCUUAAUUUCUGGGUCAUCUAAUCUGGGGCCUAGCUCUGAUUACGGAGCUGAUAUUAUAAUCGGUGUUCUGGACAGUGGAAUCUGGCCAGAAAGGUCUAGCUUCUCCGACAGGGGUCUAAAUCCCAUUCCUAACAGCUGGAGGAACAAGUGCGAGGUUGGUCCAAAUUUUCCGGCGACUUCGUGUAAUCGGAAAAUCAUUGGUGCUCGUGCUUAUUACAGAGGCUACGAAGCUGAAAUUGGAAAGCCAAUAGUUGGUGAACCUAAAUCAGCGAGAGAUGUGAACGGGCAUGGCACACAUGUUGCCUCUAUUGCAGCUGGAUCUGCUGUUGCGAACGCUAACGUAAACGGACACGCACGGGGUGAAGCCAGAGGCAUAGCCACAAACGCCAGAAUAGCAGUUUACAAAGUUUGCUGGCUGGGAACGUGUUCCAAUGCCGAUAUUCUUUCCGGGAUGGAUCAAGCUGUUGCAGACGGUGUGCACGUGCUUUCGCUUUCCCUUACUUCUAAGAGUAAGACGGGCUUCGCUCUGCCGUACGAUGAGGAUCUCAUUGCGAUUGGAGCUUUUGGUGCGGUGCAGAAAGGUGUGAUCGUCUCCUGCGCUGCUGGAAAUUAUGGCCCCGAUCCAUAUACUGCCGUCAACCUUGCGCCAUGGAUUCUGACCGUCGGUGCUUCCACUAUUGAUAGGGAAUUCCCGGCGGUGGUGACACUAGGGAAUAGCCGGAGCUUCACUGGCACCUCCUUGUACUCCGGCGUACAACCAAGCCGAAUCCAAGUUCCAGUGGUCUACGGUGGUAGCGCCAACAGCUUUUACUGUUUUCCCGGACAACUUGACGCUUCAAAAGUCAGGGGCAGGAUCGUGUUUUGUGAGCAAGGAGACGAUACUUCCAUUGUUGAUAAAGGAGUUGCUGUAAGUCAGGCUGGUGGCGUAGGAAUGAUCGUUCCUAACCUACCUAACGAAGGCUACCAGCUUGAGCCCAACGCUGAUAGGAUUCCCACCGCCGUCGUUACCGUAGCGGACGGAGAAAUAAUCCGGCAAUAUGUAAGGACGGCUUCAUUUCCAACUGCUAGAAUUGAAUUCAAGGGAACAGUAAUCGGAAAUUCUCCGUCUGCACCGCGUGUGGCUGCUUUCUCAUGCCGGGGGCCCAAUUUCUUGACGCCUGAAAUUCUCAAACCAGAUGUGAUUGCACCAGGAGUUAACAUUCUAGCUGCCUGGACUGGCAGCUUAACGGAGUUCAAUAUGAUCUCCGGCACCUCCAUGGCAUGUCCUCACGUCAGUGGAUUGGCCGCCAUGCUUAAAAAGAUCUAUCCAAGUUGGAGCCCCGCUGCCAUCAAGUCGGCGCUCAUGACAACUGCUUACACUGUGGAUAAUUCCGGGAGGGGUACUCUCAUAGAUCUUUACACUAGACAGCCAACCACCCCCCAUGCUUAUGGAUCUGGACACGUUGAUCCAACCCACGCAGUAGAUCCGGGUCUGGUCUAUGAUGCCGGAGUCAAUGAUUAUGUGGAUUUUUUAUGUACCAUUGGGUAUGAUAGUCGGAAAAUUGCCUUGUUCCUGCGGAAUUCUCCUCUAGUGGAUUGCAGAAAUCGGAAUUUGGGUAAUCCAGGCUCUCUAAAUUACCCUUCCUUUUCAGUUCUUUUCAAAAACAAUCUCCAAACCGUGAUAUACAAGAGAACUGUUAAAAACGUUGCCAAGGUGAGGAAUGUUGCUUAUCAGGUAACAGUGCAAACGCCCUCAAAUGUUCGUGUGACUGUGUCACCGAAUAGGCUGGUGUUUACUGACCGAAUCGAUACACUAUCUUAUGAGGUAACUUUUCAAAGCCUUAGACAAUCUGCUGAUUCAUUCGGGUCAUUAAGGUGGAGUGAUGGGACGCAUCUUGUUACUAGCCCAAUAGCUGUGAGUUGGGAAGGACGUUCGGUCUCUGAACUCUAACUAUAUGCACGGAUGUCUGCCUUGUUUAUUCCUAUGUAGUCCAUGCAAUAAAAUAAAUCCAUUAUAGUGGAUAUAUCCUAAUCCUAUCCAUAAGUAAAUGUAUGCAAAAAUGGGCCUAGUUCACUAUUAUGUAGCCCAUGUUAUGAAAUAAAACCACCCAUAAUCUAUUAUGGGGGACCUAUGUUUUUAUUUUA